AUGGAUAUUGCCUUCUCUGAAGCCGAAAAAGCACUAUCAUUAGAAGAAGUCCCAAUCGGUUGUGCCAUUCUCUACCAAGGCCAUUGCCUCGAAAAAGCCCACAAUCUCACUAACACCCGCAAAGAUCCACUCGCCCAUGCCGAAAUGAUCGCUCUAGCUCGUAUUCCACCCCAUCUUUAUCCAGAGAUCGAACUUUUUAUCACUUGCGAACCCUGUAUCAUGUGCUGCGCACUCAUUCAUAAACUCGGAGUCCAAAAAGUCACUUUUGCCUGUACCAAUACCCGUUUUGGUGGUAUCUCAGUAUUUUCAGUUUCAAAAUUAUUUCCCAAUUUGGAAAUCAAAAUCACCCAAGAUAUUUCCCAAGCCAAAAAAUCAUUAGACCUACUUAAGACCUUCUAUCAACUCGAAAACACUAGGGCGCCACCAACCAAACGCAAGUUUAAACCCCAAAUCGCCAAAAAAAUUUGCAAUGUCCCAAUCAACUCCCACUGA